UUAUACAUUUUAAUCAAAUUCAUUUUGGAUAGAUUAUUGUUCAUUUAUCGCGAUAAUGUUGAAAUUACAAACUGAAAUGAAUAAAUUUUCAUUCAAAUUGAUUUUAUUGAUUUGGUUUGGAAUAUUUUUUACAUUUACCGUUCAAGAUGAAACAAAUCGAACAUCAAUCUAUGAUUCAACAUCCAAUCUUCGCAAUAAUAUUGAACAGUUUGGUCAUGCCGUAUCUUCCGAAUAUUGGAAAACUUUAGACAAAAAUGAUAAUAUUCUGGCUCCUUGGUUAGCAUAUAGUUCAAUAUUAAGCCAGAUUAACAAUGCUAUUGUCGACAUGGCUUCCGAAUCAUUAAUGCAAAGCGAUUUGAUUACUGAACAAAAAAUUUCAAUCGAAUGUGAACAAUCUAUGACAGAUUUCCUGAUGGCAUUAGUUAAACAAGAAUCUUGGGCCUAUCGAAUACUUGAUGCCAGUGGUUUUGUAUCAUCUGGAAUAUUGGCUGGUACCUAUACAAAUUUUGGUGAUUUUGAUGAAUGUCUUCAUGCUGGCGAAAGUAGUUUGCCCAAUGAAAAUAUUCAUGGUCAAUAUUGUCUGCUCAAAUAUCAUGCCGUUGUUCCUACAAACCGAACUCAUUUGAUCACACAGGAUUUAAUUUUCAAUACGACUGGAACCGCAUUAGAAUCGACUUUUUUCACCGAUUUCUUACGUUACGCUCAUUAUUUCAAAGUUCGUCAAGGUCGUACGGCACUUUGUUUACCUUCUGGAUGCAGCAAAAACGAUCUACAAACAAUUGUUGAUUAUUUGUUAAAAAUUGACAAAUUUGUCGUCAAUGUGGAUAGCUGUCAAACCUUAUCAGAUAUUGAACAUUUUACGCCACUUCAAAUAUCAAUUUUGGCCAUAUUCACUUUAAUAACCGUUAGCAUCAUUACUGCAACAGUGAUUGAAUUAUUACCAAUAUGGCAUGAAAACGAUCAAAAUCAAUGGCACUUUUUGUUACGACGCAUUUCAAUCAAGCAAAACAUUAUCGCUUUACUCGAACCUCCUAGUACCGAAAAUUUCGCAUCCAUUAACGGUCUUCGAGUAUUGACAAUGAUCUGGCUAGUAUACGGUCAUGCUUAUCUACUAUCAGUAAAAGAAGCAUUUCGAUCGAGUACACGUUUUAUUGAAUCAUUGUUUGAUAUGAAAAUGUAUUUUCUAUUCAAUGCCUGGCCCGCCGUUGAUAUAUUCUUCAUAAUGAGCGCCUUACUUCAUUCAUAUAAUUCAUUUAGAUUAUUACAAUCAAAACAGCGAAUCAACAUUGUGCAAAUUAUUUCAAAUCGUAUUAUACGACUUUGGCCAUUAUUAUGGUUGAUUGUUGCCUUAGUGUUCCUCAUACCGAAUCUCGGUCAAGGUCCAUUGUGGUCAGAAAUAAUGGAUCAACAAGUAAAUGGCUGUUAUCAAAGUUGGUGGAUGAUUAUAUCAUUCACGGCUAAUCUUCGUUCUGAUACCAAGAAUCUAUGCCAGGUGCAUACUUGGUAUUUAUCGGCUGAAUUUCAGUUAUUUUUACUCAGUUUUUUAUUCAUCUUUUUGAUAUAUCGAUUUCAGAAACGAGCCAUAAUUGGAAUGAGUGUUUGUAAUUUAUUAUUCUGUACAUUGAUUACCAUUCAUUUUUACAUGAAACAAUUUCAUCCGACCAUAUUGUUCAACCAGAUUGACGAAAUGCAAAUGUAUCGAGAAAUGUUCGAAAUAUAUAUGCCAACUUAUCUUCAUUUAACACCAUAUUUAGUCGGUAUUGUAACCGGUUAUCUGUUGGUUACAUACAAAAACCAACAACCUAAUCCUAGAAUGCCCAAUUUUUUUCCCUAUUUAUGGAUUCCAGCUUUAUUGUUCAUGAUAUUGAUCGUUAUCAGUGGUUAUUUAUUCACUACAUAUCCACAAACACCGAUGAUUAUUCAAAGCCUGUAUGCAGGAUUUCAUCGUCUUGCUUGGUCCUUAUCGAUCGCCUAUAUUAUAUUCUUUUGUGAAAUAACUCAUACUUGUCAUUUAGUCAAAGAUUUUUUAAGUAGCCAAAUUUUCACACCAAUCAGCAAACUUUGUUAUUCAAUUUAUCUGAUUCAUUUCAUUAUUACCUGGGUUCGAUAUGCAUACGCACGACAACCAUUGGUUUUUGAUCAUUAUACAAUGUUCAACGAAUUCAUUAUUAAUUGGGUAUAUAGUUUUUGUUUUGCCUUAAUCAUUUAUCUAUUUGUCGAAUGUCCAUUCGCUAACAUCUAUUCAACUUAUAUUGGCAAACGUCAUUGGUCUUUUGGAGAAAUUCGAUUAAAAGCAAGUCGUUCAAAUCAAUUGACCAUCAAUACUAGUAAAGCAGUCAUUAACAACGACAAUAAUAAUAAACCGAUGACAGUUAUUGAAAUGAAAUGAAAAUUCUAUUAGACAACAAUCAUUGUGCAAUUAAUGUUUUUUGACGAAAUACAAUUUCAAAUAUCCACAAGGCUAUAUUGAUGAUGGUGC